AUUAUCAAACUGCCAUAAAUCUGGAGUUGCUGCAAUGCGAAAACCCUAGAAUCAUUCUUCAAAAACCUAAUGCGAUAUCUCUGAUCAUCUUCAUCUUCUCCGGGUUUCGAUCCUUAAGCUCGAAAAAUGGACCAUCAAUGGCGGCCUCGACCAAUUCAAGGUAAUAUCUGUCCUAUCUGUUCAAUUUCUCACUUUCCAUUCUGCCCUCCACAUCCCUCACUUGAUCAAUACCCAAGAUUUUCUUUGGAGAACAAUCGGUUAUUUCAAAGACCUGUUUUGGAUCCGCUUAUUGAUAAUCGUGCACACCCGUUUGUGGGUUACCCGAACGAUGGGUAUGGGGAUCCGCGAUUUUGGAAUAGAAACCCUAAUUUAGAGAGGGAUGCGUAUGUGCAAUUUCCAUUUCAGCCUCAGAUUGGUGGGGUUCAUAGGGAUGGGUUUGGAUCGACGGUUUAUGAUUAUGGUAAGAAUGAUUUUCUGAGUGGAGGUGACAGAAAUAGUAAGAGGAUGAGGUUUGAUGAGACGGCUUCGGGUUCUUUUUCGAAUGAUUAUCAUUUAAAUCCAACAAGGGUUAUGUCGGAGGAUGAGCGAAGGUUGAAGUUGAUACGCGAUCAUGGGGGCGCCUCUAGUGGUGUGCCACAUGGUGGGACAGUGUCGGGCUUGGGAAUUAGUGCGGGUUUUAAUGGCGAAAUUAAAGAGUAUAGUCAUGAAAACUCAACUUCAGAGAGGAAUUUCGGGAACAGCGAAGUUGUGGAUCGUGGAAAAUUUGAUGACUUCCGGGGCUGUAGGGGUGAAAUUCAGAUGAACAAUAUUCAUGACGCAGGGUUUGGUUCUGUUGAAAGAGAAGGGUCAUCUUUUAGAGAGGAACAUGGUUCGACCUUUGGACAACAAUAUAUGCAGAUUAAUAGAAAUGGAUUUCAGUCUAAUGUAGACCAUAGUGUUUUCAGAAAUGAGGGUGAUGGAGUCCAUUCUCAAAAUGAAGGACUGAAGCAAUCUCAAUAUUUUCAAAAUGAGCAUCCUCCGCAUCCUUCUUUGCCAACCUAUGGACAUAAUGGUCUCCCCACUAGGGUUUCCGACAAUGUUGGGCUAUCCCAUUCAUCACAACAUGGGCCUUAUCCCAUUCUUGAAGUUCAGAAUGAGAACUAUAAUGGUCACAAUCUUCAACAUCUUCAGCUUAAGAAUUCCAUGUCAGUGAAGGAGCCUCCGUAUUCCCAUAUACCAAAUUGGCAGGUGUCGUCAGGUUUGAGUGUACCAUACCAUGAAAAGAGAGAUAGUCUAGCAGGGGAUGGUGCUUCUAACAAUCUUCCUGGGCAGCCUUACACAUUUGAACAUCCAGUUAAGCAGAAACAAGAUUUCCAAUCCCAUGUACAGCUAAGUGAUGUGAGACAGUCAUUUGAAGUUAGAUUUCCAUCACAGGAGGGCAAUCAGGGUACAGUUUUACAUCAAAAUUCACCUCUAGGAGCUCAAUAUGGUAGUCACAGACAAGGUGGUUACUUGCCAAUCCACACUGGUAGUAACAUAGUUUCCGAAGGCCUGAGUCAGAUGCAGGCGUCCCGGUCAUUUCAUGUCCAGCCUCCACUUCCUGCCUCUCCGCCACCACCUCUUCCAGUGGACCCGCCAGGUCAUACUUCAUCAAAAUCAAAAACUUCAUCCUCAGCUCCCAUGAAAUCCUCUCCACUCUUUCCAGUUCCUGCUGGUUCUUUGGCUAUGGCACCAUCAUCAUACCCUCCAGUUCCUGGAGCCAACUCCUUGUCGCAACCCUAUUUUCAUAAUAAAUCACAUCUACAUGCCUCAACUGGCUUUGCUACAGAGGAACCUCAGGAUAUCCGUGGGACAUCUUCUAAGCAAUAUUUGGCAGAAGGUCAACCCUACCUGAUCAAGCAUCCGUCUUCAGAGAAGCCUAAUUCUAUUGAUGCUUCCCACUUAUUUAAGCAGCCACAUCGAGUUGGCCGUCCUGAUCAUGUUGUGAUAAUUCUUCGAGGUCUUCCAGGUAGUGGAAAGAGCUACUUAGCUAAGAUGUUACGUGACCUUGAGGUUGAAAGCGGUGGCGAUGCUCCGCGAAUUUAUUCCAUGGAUGAUUAUUUCAUGACUGAAGUUGAAAAGGUUGAGGAGAGCGAGAGUAUGAAAUCUUUUUCAGCUAGAGGCAAGAAACCAAUUGUGAAGAAGGUCAUGGAGUAUUGUUAUGAACCUGAAAUGGAAGAGGCAUAUCGAGCAAGCAUGUUGAAAGCAUUUAAGAAGACCCUUGAGGAGGGAGUGUUCACCUUCAUAAUUGUGGAUGACCGCAAUCUGCGGGUAGCUGAUUUUGCUCAAUUUUGGGCAACUGCAAAGAGAUCGGGAUAUGAAGUUUACCUUUUAGAAGCUUCAUACAAGGACCCUGCGGGUUGUGCAGCAAGGAAUGUGCAUGGUUUCACCCAAGAUGACAUACAAAGGAUGGCUGGACAAUGGGAAGAAGCUCCGUCCAUGUACUUGCAGCUGGACAUCAAGUCAUUAUUCCAAGGGGAUGAUCUGAAGGAAAGCGGGAUUCAGGAGGUAGAUAUGGACACAGAGGAUGGGGAUUGUGAUGGAGGUCUAUCCGGAUCACAAGAAGAGAAAUCUGAGAAGGUCGCAGCACCUCCUGUGGAAGAUUAUGCACCUGAUGCUAUAGGUUCUUCAAAGGAUGGCAAGAGAUGGGAUGCUGAAGGAGACCAUCCGGCAGAAGUGAAAGAGUUAGGUUCAAGUAAAUGGUCAAAUGAUUUAGAUGAAGAUGAUACUGAAAAAUCUAGAGGCCCAAAGGAAAAUUUAAAUGCCCUGUCUGGGUUAAUUCAAGCAUAUAGUAAGGGAGGUAAAUCUGUACAUUGGGGUGACCAGGCUGGGAAUACUGGAUUCUCAAUAGGUACAGCAAAGAAGGCAAACUCUUUAGUCAUUGGACCUGGUGCUGGAUACAACUUGAAGUCAAAUCCGUUGCGUGAGGAGGAGAAUUCAACCUCAAGCGGAAAUACUGGAGGGUCCAAGAGGACAAGUAUGUUCCAAGAGCAACUCCGAGCAGAGCGUGAGUCCUUCAGAGCUGUUUUUGACAGGAGGCGACAUCGGAUUGGUGGACUCGAUGCAGAUGAGGAAUCAUAAAGCAUGUAUGAACUACUGGUGUUUGAUUUGAAACUUGAUCAUGUAUUUUUCUUCUUUUGAUUUUUAUUUCCAUUUCCUGGCUUAAGUUGGGUAGUGUUUGGAGGACAAUCAGUCCAUGAAAAAUGCUGAUUCAGUCCCUGUAAUUUUAUAAUUUUAACAAGAUGGAAAAUGUUGUUCAAUCUGUCGAGAGGAAAAUGGCUUUAUUUCCCCUUAAUGAGAAAUUCUAAGCAUGUUUUCCUUUU